GUUCGUUUCAACUUCAUUUCUCCUUGGAAGCGUGUGUGUGUGUGUGUGUGUGUGUGUGAGAGAGAGCUCUCGCUGUAAGAGUGUGUGACUGUCACUGAGCCUUCCGCCGUCCCUCGACCGCCCCACCACAGCCUGCAGGAUGGCCCAAGCCGACAGUAAGCUGCUGGUCCUGGGAGCGCUAGCCGGGGUGGCCGGCGUCAGCGUCGGCUUGGCCGUGGUCUACUUCCGGGGUUUGAGGUCAGAAAGAAGAGCCUCAUGUCCGGGCUUCUACCUGAACCGCACCAGCGACCAGGGGCCCGGCAUCAUGGUAGUGGACGGUCCCGGCAUGGCCACGGGUCAGACCGAGGUGCUGGAUCGUCUCGAAGCCCUGAUUCAGUGCGUGUCCGAGCUGAAGGACGAGAUGAAGGCGCUGAAGAACGCCCUGCCCACGCUUCAAGAUCAGGUGAGGGAGGAGCUGAGGGGACGCGACGAGGCGCGGCGAGCCACGCCCCAGCACAGGGCCACGCCCACACGGAGGAAAAGGGCGCCGGGUGCCAUCAGUGGGGUCAGAGCCGAGACCCGGAGUUCAGAGGAGGCAGAGAGUGAGGGAGGGUACAUUACUGCUCUGACAGACUCCGAGGAAGACGAAGAGCCGAGCGAUGAAGAACAGUCUGAGGACAAGCUGUCCGCCCUCCUCGACAGGAUCGAUCGUUUACAUCAGGGCAGCGAGUCAGACAAACGAGAAAGCCUCGGUGUCCUCCUGGAGCACAGGGAGGAGUUUGGACGCAGCUCACCGUUUCUGUGGCGGCUGGUCCGAGCUUACUGCGACGUCCACGACAUCAGCUCGACCCUGGAGGAGAAGAAGGCCCAGGCAGAAACGGGAAAGCGAAUCGGGGAAGAGGCAGUGAGUCUGAACCCUACGUGUGCUGAAAGUCAUCAGUGGUAUGCCAUCAUGUGUGGAAUCAUGGCAGAGUAUGACACAAUCCAAAACAAGAUCAAGAACGGAUACAUCUUUAAGGAUCAUCUGGAUAAAGCCAUCGAGCUGAAGCCCCGGGAUCCCAUGUCCUACUACCUGCUGGGCCGCUGGUGCUACGCCGUGGCCCAGUUGUCGUGGAUCGAGAGGAAAGUCGCCGCAACUUUAUUUGGAGAACCUCCGAGUGCCACAGUGGAAGAUGCACUGAACAAUUUCCUGAAGGUGGAGGAGAUCCAGCCGGCGUACUCCAAACUCAACUACAUCUUUCUCGCCAAAUGCUACAAAGACCUGGGGCGGCGGGAGAAGGCCCGGGAAAUGUGUGAAGCUGCUCGGUCCAUGAACAGCGACUCCAAAGAGGAUGCGGAGGCUCAGAAGGAGCUGGACGUGCUCUGCCCGGCACUGGGACUCUGACCACACACACGUCCUUAGAAAUACAAUAUUUUUCCACUGUGUGUGUAUGUGUGUAUGUGUGUGUCUGUGUGUCUGUGUGUCUGUGUGUGUCUGUGUGUGUCUGUGUGUGUCUGUGUGUGUGUGUGUGUGUGUGUGUGUCUGUGUGUGUCUGUGUGUGUGCGUGUGUGUGUGUGUGCUAUGUAUUAUGUAUUGAUAGGCCAUCAUUUCUGAUUCACUCUGUGAGUGUAGGAACGUUCGUGUGGCGUGAUAUCAUUAAUGGGAGCCGUUUGCCGCCACAUUCUGGUCCAUCCUUUGUACUUUUUAUUCAGUUUUAAUAUUCCGCAUAUCGAAUUUUUAAUCACAAAAGGAAAGCUCACUGGUUGUACAAAAUCGGUGCUUUUGGUUUCCUUCUUUUUAAGAAAGUGGGCUGAGAUUGAAGCAUAUCCGGUCCGUGUGUUGGUGUUUGUUGGUAUUGUGUGUGUGCAGCAGUGCGUGACAGACACAGAUAGCGACCGCAGCUCCACCGUGUCUCAUGGAUACUGAGUUUCCCCCACAACAAAGACCUGUUGGGUUUUGGCAAAGUGAGCCACGGAGGAACUCUUUGUCUUCUUCCUGUUUUCUGUUGUGCCUCCCGCCACACAUUCAACCGGCAACAACAGAAGGACACCAGACGGUGUUGCACCCAGACGUCUUGGAAUGCGGUGGCCACGGGGCGACCUCUGCGCCCGGCCGACCGUCUUCAUCGGCAUCCUGCCACACGGCGGCAUCGUUAAACCGCCCUGGCGUGGAGCUGAUGCACCACGGUUGUUGGAUUUUGCGUUCGCUGCUUCCUGCGUCUAAGCUUCCCCUCAUCGGGAAGCUGCAACCUUAGAGUGGCUCUAAUAUCUGAGUCGGCGAUCAGCGCUUGGUCAGAUAUUUCCUGCAAGUCACAUGAUUGAUUGUCACCCGUCCAUCUGGAGCCUUAUUUACAUUUGAUGUAGAGUUCAUGUGUUUUCAAAAGUAAUCUUCACAUAGAAAAUCUCACAACAAGGCAAAAAUCACACAGUGACUUCAGCCUGAUAGGGAAAGUGUUUUUUGCUUUGUUUACCAGUUGUUCUGUAAAAUCUGUGAUUGAUUGAUUUCCUUCUGAAGCCUUUUCUGAAGCGUCUCAACAAAACCUUCCUUUAUUCUUAAACUCCGUACUGGAAUAUUCCAGGAAGGUUUUUCUUUCUUCUGAACUUUGAUUUCCAUCCAGUUCUUCAGAAGCACCUCUGAUGUCUUAUUGGUCUAAAUCUCUUUUUUUUUUUUAGGACUUUGUCGUUUAAAACUAAAUUUGUUUAGACAUCUUUUUUUUCCCCAGUGAAGUUGAGAACCAUCCAACGGCCACCACUCAAACUGGCAGCUUCAUGUUUAUAGAAAGGCUCUCAUUGCUUUACACAUAUACAACACCUCGUUGUUCGACCACGGGCUCAUUUCGGGGCCUGCUCAGAUUUCACUUAAUGCAAAAGACAGACGGACAGCGGCAUGCCAAGGUAGCAGCCGCGUGGUCACAUUCUCCGUCGCUGUUCGUAGCUGGGAAAGAGUCAAAAGACCAGAGUUCCAACAGGCAUACAGUCAGCUUUUGGAGCUUCUCGUUGGAAGACGCUGAGCUCUUUGGUGCUUGUAGUGUGCACGGCUUUACGAGCACUGAAAUAAGUGACGGCCGCUUAGCUUUACGUCUCUUGAGGUUGCUGUUGUUGAAUCAGAGGUUUGUCAUCCUCGGUUCGUCUUCGGCGUCUGAGUUUCCACCCGUCCUCUCGUACCUGAAGUCAGUCCCAGCACCACCUUGGUCAGGCCGCCAGUUCAUCUCAGGGCUAACACACACACGCACGCACGCAUCAUAAUACUGAGAGUGACUUCCAGUGUUUUUUAAAGAUUAAGUUGCAAGUAAACACUAAGAUUGCUUGAAGUUUUGUGGCUUAAACAUUUUACCUCUGUUUUUUUUUUUUUUUUUACCUCCAAGCUUUACAGAGAAAAAAACACUUGCAUGCUGCUGCACUGUGGUACAAUGGGACUAAUUAAUGCACUGUGUGUCGAAUAAAACGACCUUGUUGGGUGUAAAGAGGUUGAGUCACUGAGGUGGGCACACGGUGGGGUUCGACCAUCACGGCUUCUCGCUUGCUGAGGAGGGUUCAGAGUGAAAUCAGUGAGGAUGGCAGACAAGAGGCGACCGAUCCCGUCAGACCAAAGUCAUGUGUGACAGUCGCGUUUUAUCUGAAUCAUUCCCAGAUGUUUUCUUAAAGGGGACAUAUUAUUCUUUUUUUUUUUUACUUUGUGAAGAGUUUCUUAUAGUAGUAUGUGUUGCUGUAGCUUCAUUAUGACGUUCAGAUUUGAAAACUGUCUGUUUCCUCCCUGUCUUGCGACACCAUAUUUUGUGAAAAUGCCUGCUGAAACGGUUGAGUUUGAGUUGGGUCCGCUUAUCCUGAAAUAAGCGGAUUUAACUCCUCCCCCUGAC